GAGUAGUCGCCGCUUGACCAGUGUAGCACGCGUGGCACGUGACAUAUCAUACUGAAUUACAACGUAAUUGAUACGAUUCCUCGAUAAGCGAGGCCUCAUCGUGUCGGUUCGCAUUCGUAGUUGCUCGCGCAGCUGAGCCUCCGUCGCCCCGUUUCUCUUUCACGCUCUCUGCCACUGGUAUUACCUCAGUUAUCUUUCACGCUUCAUCUUUCUAUUCAAACAAGCGAUUCAGAUCAGGCUCAAUUCCCGCAUAUACGGCGAGGCGAGCAUGGCGUUGUUCCGAGGCCUGUUCGAUUUCUUUCAGAGCGACAGUAAGUUAGAUGAGAAGCUCGGUCUGACCGAGAAGCAAAAGAGGCUCGUGCAAAACACAUGGGCGAUGGCUCGCAAAGACGAGGUGGCGGUCGGAGUCGCCGUUGUACUCGCUUAUUUUAAAAAAUAUCCAGAAGCUCAAAAAGAAUUUAAGUCGUUUAAGGACGUUCCUCUUGAUGAACUGUCGAAAAAUAAGAGGUUUCAAGCACACUGUGCCAAUAUCAUAGUUACGCUUGGCAAUGUGAUCGAACAAAUGCACGAUCCGGAAUUAAUGGAAGCGAGCGUGAUUAAUUUUACCGAGAAACACAAAAAUCGCGGACAAACACAGACACAAUUUGAGAAUUUGAAACAGAUAAUGCUAGACAGUUUUCCCACUUUAUUCGGGAAGCAUUAUACGCCAGAAGUGCAGGAGGCUUGGAAGAAAACGUUGGAUUUGAUCUUUUCGAAAAUGUACCAGGUUUUAAAAGAUUGAAAUAUUCGUGUGUAAACUCGCGUUCUUGAAUUGUAAUUAAUCUGGGGCACGUAUUAUAUAUAUAUAUCGCUUUUUGAUGACGUCAAUUGAAAAGUUUAAUUAAUCAUGACAGAGAUAUAUUCUUCACGAGAUGAAACUUAUAUAUGUAUAUAACUAACUCUGUAGGACAGAGAUUUCUUUCUAUAUUAAUUGACGUUUUAAGAAAGAUAUGAGAAAUGAAAUCAAUAUGAUGCAACAUUAUUAUAAAAUUUGUACAUAUUAUAUAUGUUCUAAUAAGUCAAUGAAAUAUCUUGUAUUACAUUAGUAAAAAAGUUGUCCAUUAAAUUUUAUAUCACAUAGAGCUAGAAAA